AUGGAUGGAUUUGGAGGUGGGGGGCCUGGGGGCGUUACUCAAGAGUCCUCAAAUCCUCAGGAUCUUAAACCGUUUGGUGCAAAUCCAACAGGAGAUGCAAUAUUUGAUGCGUCACAGUAUUCAUUCUUCGAUAACAAUGUGGUCGAGGAAGUUGAGCUAGGGGGAUUAGAAGAUGAAGAGGGUGAUCUUCUUCCGGUUGAGCUUGAGGAUGAAGAGUUUCUGUUGGACAGAGAAGAGGGUGAAGCAUUGGAUUCUUUUUCUGAAAUUGAUGAUCUAGCUAGCACAUUUUCAAAGUUGAACAGAGGCGUCAGUGGGCCUAUUGGAGAUCAGAGAUCCAGAGAAAGUUCAUCUGCUGCUGAGUGGGCUCAAGAGGCAGACUUUCCUAAGUGGUUUGAUCAGCGAGCCGUCGAUGCUGAAAGCGCUCAGGACAGUAAAGGAUGGUCAUCACAGCUAUAUUCCUCUGCACAGUUAAUGGAAUCCAAGUCUUUAUACAGAGCAUCUUCAUACCCUGAACCGCCUCAGCAACUCCCUCAUCAAAACCAGGGGCAAAACUUACAUCAGCAAUACUCCAGCGAACCAAUUCUUAUUCCAAAAUCACCAUUCACUUCAUAUCCUCCCGCUGGAGGAAGAUCCCAGCAAGCUUCACCAAACAGCCCGUCUAUCCACCAUAACAUUCCAUAUGCCUCUGGUGGAUAUCAAAUACCAAUUUCUUCGCCCAAUCUUUCUCCUUUUGAUAACGCGCAGGUUCAGUUGAAUGCCUUACCUAACGGGUCCCAAUUUGGUGCAAAUUUACCUCAAUCAACCUAUGGACUUCUGGUUAAUAAUCGGCUUCACAACCAACGACUGAACCAAAGUAGUUUACAUCCUGGAGAUCUUUCUAACUUGCCAAGCAAAAUGUUGCAACAACAGUUACCCCAUCAGAAUGGGUUAAUGCCUCCACAACAGCCUUUGCAGCAAAACAGAAUGCAGCACCCAUUUCAGCCAUCCUAUGGCAAUUUAUCAGGGUUGCAGUCUCAACAUUUUAAUACCCUCCUUCCUCCAUCACCACCCGUGAUGAACAACUUCAACAUGCUUGGAUUGGCUGAAUUUAGAGAUCAGAGAACUAUGUCAACACUGAGAAAUAGGCAAGGCUUUCAUUAUCCUCAGCAUGAUUCUAAUUUUGGCAGCCAGAGGAGAGAUAAUGGGUGGCCAAAGUUCAAAUCCAAGUACAUGACAACAGAUGAAAUUGAAAACAUUCUCAGAAUACAGCUUGUUGCUACUCACAGUAAUGAUCCUUAUGUUGAUGACUACUUCCAUCAAGCUUGUCUGGCAAAGAAAUCUGCUGGUGCGAAGUUGAAACAUCAUUUCUGCCCUACAAUUUUGAAGGAUAGUUCUUCCAGAGCUCGUGCUAACGAUGAGCCACACGCUUUUCUCCAGGUUGAUGCUCUUGGGAGGGUGUCUUUCUCUUCAAUACGCAGGCCUCGCCCACUUCUUGAAGUUGACUCCCCAAAUUCAUCUGGCAGUGCCAGUGCUGAACAGCAAGCGGUUGAGAAGCCUUUGGAUCAGGAGCCAAUGCUUGCGGCUAGAGUGACUAUAGAGGAUGGCAUUUGCCUCCUCCUUGAUGUUGACGAUAUUGACCGAUUCCUACAGUUUAAUCAGAUACAAGAUGGCGGGGCCCAGUUGAGACAGCGGAGACAGGUUAUGCUCGAAGGUUUAGCAUCGUCUCUUCAGCUUGUAGACCCUCUUGGCAAAAAUGGUCACACGGUGGAUUUGGCUCCUAAAGAUGAUCUGGUGUUCUUAAGGUUAGUUUCCCUUCCUAAGGGCCGGAAACUCCUAUUGCGGUACCUUCAACUUCUUUCUCCUGGUGGUGAACUUACUCGAGUAGUCUGCAUGACCAUCUUCCGUCAUUUGAGGUUAUUGUUUGGUGGACUUCCUUCCGAUCCUGGCGCCUCCGAAACAACAGUAGAACUUGCUAGGACCGUGUCAUCUUGUCUUCAAUAUAUGGAGCUUAAAGCUCUGGCUGCAUGCCUUGCAUCAGUGGUUUGUUCAGCAGAGCAUCCUCCUCUACGUCCAGUUGGAAGCUCAGCUGGAGAUGGAGCUGCUGUUGUACUUAAAUCUGUCCUCGAGAGAGCAACUCAGCUGCUGACCGAUCCCAAUGCUUCUGGUAGCUGCAGUAUGACAAACAGGGCAUUUUGGCAGGCCUCUUUUGAUGCAUUCUUUGGCCUUCUGACAAAGUACUGCUUUAAUAAAUAUGACUUUGUUAUGCAAUCUUUCCUAAUGCAGGCCUCGCCAGCUGUUAUUGGGUCUGAUGCAGCCAGAGCGAUCAGUAAAGAAAUGCCCAUUGAACUCUUACGUGCAAGUCUUCCCCACACAAGUGAGCAGCAGAGGAAACUACUCUUGGAAUUUGCACAGCGGUCCAUGCCUGUGCUGGGUCUUAGUAGUCAGGGUGGAGAAAGUGGUGGCUCGUGA